AUGACUCAAUCCGCGAAUACCGUUCCCACCAUUGAACUCACCGCUCUUGAAUCGACAUUAAAAUCGCUCUUACUCGAUGUCGCAGAAUACAUACACGAGAAGAAUAUUUCAGAAGGCCGCCGCGAUAUAGAGCCUACGGUUCUGCGAUUUACCGGAGGAUGGGUGCGGGACAAGCUCUUAGGCGUGGGCAGCAACGAUGUGGACGUCGGUAUCAACAACAUGACUGGGUAUCAGUUUGGUUUACUCCUCAAGGAAUAUAUGGAUAGACCGGAAAACUUGGAGAAGUACCGACAGAAGCAGCCCAAUGGAGAGUUGAAACAUGCAAUUGCCAGCCUACAUAAAAUCGAGGCGAACCCGGAGAAGUCCAAACACCUGGAGACAGUGACAACAAGGAUAUUCGGCUUGGAUAUUGAUCUCGUGAACUUACGAAAGGAGACCUACUCGGAAGACAGCCGAAACCCGCAGAUGGAAUUUGGCACAGCCCAGGAAGACGCGAUGCGCCGCGAUGCAACGAUCAAUGCGCUUUUUUAUAACCUGAACGAGUCCAAGGUUGAGGAUUUGACUGAAAGAGGUCUGGAGGAUAUGCAGAAGAGGAUCAUUCGUACCCCGAUGGAACCAUAUCAAACCUUUCAGGAUGACCCAUUGCGUGUGUUGCGCUUGAUUCGCUUUGCUAGCCGGCUGGGUUACAAUAUCGAAGAGGAGACUCAGGAGGCAAUGCGAAAUGAACUUAUCGGGGAGGCUCUCAAGCUGAAGAUUAGCAGAGAACGGGUGGGCAAGGAGCUGGAAAAGAUGCUUCAAGGUCCUGAUCCCCGCGGUGCACUGCAAUUCAUUGACCACCUUGGACUAUACCCGACUAUUUUCGCCAACCACCAGGAUGAUGCGCAAGCAGAUACCUCGUCAUGGGCACUUGCAUACAAUGCGCUGGGGAGGAUCCUGAAACCCCAUGAUGACGACCCCAUGACUACCAAAAAUGUCCGUGAUUUCCUCGUACGCGACAAACUUGAAUCCUACUACGCGUGGAUGAUUGCAGCAUUUGCUCCAUGGUCAAGUGUGCCAACCCGCGUUGCGAGGGGACCCAAGGCGAAACCUCUCCCGGCCCGGACCGCGGAAGUAGCUCGAGACAGUUUGCGAGCUGAUAACAAGACAAUCGCCGUCAUUGGCGAUGCGGCACAUAAUUGGCAGGCCAUUACCGACAUCAAGAACGCUGUCCUCGGGGGACGCAUGGAUGGAACUGCAGCAGAGGUGCGGCAGCAGGUCGGACUGCACAUUCGCUCAUGGAAGAAGGACUGGAGGCUCUGUAUACUUCUUUCCAUACUCCAAGAGAUUAUGCGUGGCGGCGAGUUUACCAGCGUUCUGGAAUCGUACGACCGCUUCCUCUCCUACAUCAAAGAGCAAGACCUACAGGAUGUGUUUGAACUGAAGCCACUCGCCAACGGCGGAGAGAUUGUAAAGGCUCUUGGUUGCAAGACUGGUCCUUGGAUGUCGAAAGCCUUGGACAUGUCGAUCAAAUGGCAGCUGUUGCACCCGGAGGUUACCGAGAAGGAAAAGAUAGCGAGGUACAUAGACGUGUCUAUGGAAGAGUUUCAAACGGCGGCGCGUGAGUGCCUAGGUCGCGGUGAUGCGCACAUCCCAGACUCGCGGCUGGAUAAUAUCGUCGUCCCUAGAGAAUUGGACCGUUUAUGGGACACCAUCUCAGCCCACGAGGACAAAGAUAAUGCAACUGCAACUGAAGACCUAUUUCUUGCGCGGGAGUUCCUGAGACUUCGGAACUCCAAUGAAUUAUCAGAGCCUGAUGUCGCCGCAGCAAACCACAUCUAUGCCUGGGCGAGUAGGCAUGCCCUACCAUCUGCAGUGUAUGCGGAAUCUAUGGAAGAGCCCAGUGAAGAGAAGAACGCUCUUAUGCAUGAAGACAAGCUGAGAUCAUCAUUGUCGAUAGCGGUGAUUGCGGCCUUGGACUCCCUAUUUCCAGUGCAUAAAGCAGCCGACGUGCCAAACAUUAUCCUCGCACUGGCAAGCUUUACUUCCGAUGCAGAUCCGUGGACAACAGCCGAGUCACACACGGCGUCCACUGCCAUUCUUGAAAGGUUUCGCACAACAUCGCUUCCGACACCAGAGGCAUCGUUCUGGGCUGUCCUUGAAACCAUCCUCAAGGACACAAUUCGGCCCCUCUUCACAAGGACCAGGAACCCCGCCAUCACAGCAGCAGGUCGCAAGGACAUGCACCCCAUUCCUCUUCCCAGAUUUGAUACCAGCAUUCUUGACCCUGAGUCGAAACCAUGGCGAUCAUCAGACGUCUACGCGACGACCGUCUUUGCCUGGAUCCUAAGACAAUAUCAGGCGCCAGACAUCAGCCGUCUGGAAUCCCACUUCCCCCUCCUCGUCCCACCAAUUCUCGCCCUGAUUGACGAUGAAACCAACCCUAACAAAACCGACGGCUGCACUCUUCUUACCUAUCUUCUGAAACCCAUUCAGCAAGCCAAAUGCGAUAUUUUGAAGCGUACCAACCUUUCCUCUGUCUUCAUCGAUGCCAUCAAACCAUGUCUCCUCUCCCUACCUACCAUAACCCCUGAACCCGACUCCAUCCGUUUGCUAAGCACAGCCUAUCCAACCCUCUUCUUACUCCUCAAAACCAGCUAUUUACCCAACGAUAAACAAACCUACACUACCGAGCUAACGAAAGUCCUUCGCGAGAACCUCAUCCCUUCUUUCCACCACAUCAGCACCCUGACGCCUUCUAGCGGGACACAAUCUACGCUGUCCUCGUUCCCGCACCCGAAAUUGUCUACUCUUUUAUUAGACAAGAUACACGAUAGUAUCUUCGAUCUCGCAGUUUACACAACAAAGUACCUACAGGAAAUCAUCCCGCUCAUCUACAGUACGCUGUCUAAUCCCUUCGGGACGGCGUAUCCACCUCUCCUAUUGGCAGGAGUGGCUGUUACUAGAGCGGUGAUUUUGAAUGCACACCCGAGGAUUUGGCGCUGGAGAGGGGGGAUUCUAGGUGCCGUGGCGGCAUGUUGGCUUAGCGUGGCUGACGAGGAGGCUGCGGAACGAGGGAAAGAGGGUGAAAAGGAAGAGUUGAUUAAACUAAAGCAGCAGCUGAAGGGCGUGGUCUAUUUGCUGAGGAUGGUUCUGGAGGAUCCGGAUCAGGAGAUCGCCAAGGAUGACGAGGUGAUGGAAGCGAAGGAUGGAUUUGCGAAGGAGGUAGAGGAGCUGGUUGGUGCUGAUGAGGCAUUGAGAGAAUUGCUGCAUGGGGAGGUAGAUGGGAAGGAUGGAAUGUAUUUUGGUGCUUGA